AUGCGAUUUGUUUCUCGACGACUGUCGUUUCUUUCGCCUCCAAUAAUACCGCUUCCUAAACCUGCACCGACAGCGGACGCGAAACCUUUCUUUGCACCCUCCAGCAAUGAGAAGGGCAGCGCCGCUUUUGCGUCACCCUCCACGAAACAUCAAACAUAUGUGAAGAAGAAUGCGACAUCAUCAAGCGGUGCUGCUACGUUGGAGUCAGCGACAGCUAAGGCUACACGUAGCGCCCAGGCCACGGGAGAGCCAUGCACUAAAUUUAACGGCAGUAGCACAAACGGUACGAGGAGAAGCGGUGACAACUGUGCUGCGGAGAAGGUGCAUCAUUUGCCAAGGUUCCUUUCACCCGACAACAUAAUUAAGCGUGUAGCCACACCGGCACUGUUUGCCGCCUCUAUUGUCGCCGAUACCUUGAACGCACCGGCUGCGUUGAGCGGUGGUUCUUCAGCAGUAAAUGAGGAAGGUGGUCUCCAGAAAUACGUAGAGCACUGUAUGUUAGGCUGGUCUCCCAGUGAACUUUACAAUGUUGUGGCUGAUGUGUCGCAGUAUAGCGUUUUCUUGCCGUGGUGUUUAGAUUCCACCGUGCAUCAAGUGGGCCCACUGGGCACUACAGAAACAGCGUCUGAGACGGCUAAUGGCAACGCUAAUGUCAGUGGCAAUGACAAUGGCAAUGGUGUAGCACCUGCUACGUUGGAAAUGUUGGCGACGUUAACUGUAGGGUUUUCUUUUUUCAGGGAGAAAUACACCUCGCGGGUGCUGCUCGAUCCGCACAAGCGAGUAGAGGCGAUGCUCACGGAGGAUGAACACAAGAAGCGCCCCGCAGCCCUCAGGAAUCUGAAAUGUGUAUGGGAGUUUCACGAGGUUCCAGAUUCCCCUCGUAAAGUGGAGGUGCGCUUCCUCGUGAGCUUCGCUUUCAAGAACCCCAUGUACUCCAAACUUAUUAUGUCACAUGUGGUGUCCAUUAUGACGACGAGCUUCGAAAAACACUGUGAAGUGUUGUAUGGACCACCCAGCUGUGUGCGAGUGCAUCUGCCGCACAACUAA